AGUAUCAUUAACACCAAAAUUACGUAACAGGAAUAACGAAAGUGCGAAUGGACGAACAACCUGUCGCGGGCGGUCGAUCGUGAUGACUGAGCCCACAUCACGUGACUUGUUGUGAUCGUAAAUCACAUGACCAAUUUCAAUGGCACAGGUUUUUCUCGUAUAUAUUUAUAGCCUAAUGCCAUACUUUUCUACCACUCACCAGGUACCAGCUGAGGCUGAGCAUCGUUUUCGUGUAGUAGGAACGGGAACGAACCCAAAUCAAGCAUAAAAUAUGAGAAGGAGAGUACAGAGAUUUCUUGUGAGCCUCUCUAAACCUGUUUUUAUAGUAAUCUAGUGGGAAACAGAGCUUAGUCAAGAUGGAGGAAGAUGCCCCUCUUAUUGCGGCUGUGCGUACCCCUCGGAAGUUACCGUUUAUUCAGCGCCUUUCUUACGGUGUCGGCCACGUCCUGAAUGACCUCUGUGCUUCCAUGUGGUUCAGCUACUUGCUUGUCUACUUCCACAAAGUUCUUGGAUUCUCGAACUCAAUGGCUGGUGCUCUGCUGUUGCUAGGUCAGAUAAGCGAUGGUAUUUGCACACCUCUGAUCGGCUACGAAUCUGAUCAUACAAAGUCCGGGAUCUGUAACUAUGGACGGAGGAAAUCAUGGCAUUUGAUAGGCACCCUUUGCGUGAUCGGCAGCUUCACUUUCAUAUACCAGCCUGUCUUCGGUGGAGAGGAUGCGGAGGACUGGGCGAGGUUCAUCUACUACGCCCCAUUCGUUGUCAUCUUCCAGUUUGGUUGGGCUGCGACCCAAAUCUCUCACCUCUCCCUCAUCCCGGAGAUGACUGCUGAGGACGGCGAGAGGGUCGAGCUCAAUGCUAUCAGAUAUGCUUUUACAGUGAUGUCUAGUAUAUUUGUAUACCUCGUCACAUACCUGCUUCUGCAGUUAGAUGACAAAGAUGAUGUUAGCAAUACACAAUCUUCUCUCGACCCAGAUGAUAUUCCCCAGUUCAGGUACUUGGUCAUCAUUGUAGUAUGUGUGGGAACGGUCUUCUCUUUCUUCUUCCAUCUUGGGACCAAAGAACCCAAGGGAGGGAGGAGAUGCCCUUCGGAGGACAAUGAGGGCAAUCACUCCUAUGGGAGCGUUCAGGCCUCUGAUCAACUAAAACUCACAAUGAAAUGGAGUGAUUGGCUCAAAGAAUCUCAGUUUUAUCAGGUGACAGCUCUUUACAUGUUUACGAGGUUGAUGGUGAAUAUAGCCCAAAUAUACAUACCAAUGUAUGUGACGGAUACACUCGGCUUAGAUAAGGAAACAGUAGCCUUAGCCCCACUGGCAGUUUACAUCAGUGGGUUUUUAUCAACACUAGUAGCCAAGCCAUUAAAUAGGAUAGCAGGAAAAAAGCUGACCUAUUUCAUAGGAGCCGUGCUUUACAUCGGUGCUUGCAUCUGGAUGGCUAUCCCUAAUAUUGGUCUUCAGGUUUAUGGGGCAGCCAUCUUGCUUGGUGCUGGUGGAUCGACGGUAUUAGUAACAUCCCUUGCCUUCACAGCUGAUCUGAUUGGAUGCAAUACAGAAAGUGGAGCGUUUGUGUACGGUGCAAUGAGCUUCACAGACAAGUUGUCAAACGGUGUCGCUGUCGAAAUCAUACAACUUAUGCAGCCAUGUGUGCAUUGUUGCCCAGGCUGUAAGGCAUACUACAAAGAGGUCAUGACCUACGUCACCGGUGGGGCAGCCAUAUUUGCUAUCAUUGUUCUUGCCACUCUUAUACCGGUCACUAUAGGAAAGAGAAGAAAAAAAAUAACACAUUCCUGUGUAAAGGAGGACCAGUCCAGUGUCCAGUCAAAACCGUCAAGGCCACUUUCGUCUGAGUUCAUUACUAAUUCAACAAGGAGCCAUGACGAGGAUCCUGCUGGGACAAAUGGCUACUUGCCCCAAGCAGAACAGCAUUCCCCAGGGAGGGUAACAAGUGCCUGUGCAGAUAUACACGAUCCCAGAUCCUGUGGAAAAAUAGAGGACCACGGAGACAACCUUGUGGAACAACAUGAUAUACUUAAUGGGAAUUUAAAUGGUAGUAUUGAAGCAGAAUCUCAGGAAAGUUUACAUGAAGGGCAUGACGAAAAGAACACUGAUGAUACGGAUUUGAAUCAGGGAGAAAAUUAUGGUGACCAUGAAGUCAGGACUUGAAAUAUUAAGAUGUAAUAGAUUUUUUUAAAUGAUAGAACUAAUUUAUAUUUGUAUGAGGUAGAUCAAAGAAAAUGUAUUUUAAUGAUCUAUUAUUCAUAUCAUACAUUUGUAUUUGGCAAAUGCUUGGUGGAAAACUAAACCUCAUAUCUCAUUGAGUUCAAGUGUUCAGCAGAAUGGAUAAAAAGAAAGAAAAAAACAUGGCAGACAUAACAAUGCAUCCAGUUGCUUAGUCUUCCAUGGAUGUGGCUUUGUGUCUCCUUUGUUUAUUCUUAAGAGCUGUGACUAUCUCUGGAUAAUAUUUAAUUGAUUGUCUUGUCAUGGUAACGAGUGAUCUUUCCAAUAAUUUUAUAUACGAGGUCUUGCCUCCCCAGUGCUGAAGUCUUCCAGUAAUUUGGUGGUGUUGUUUUUUUAAAUACAAGAGUGCUGUCAUCUGUAAAGAAAAAAAUCUUUUUAUGCCAUGUCUAUGUAUCAAAUGCUUGAUGAAUUGUUGUCAAAUAUAUAUGUAUAGUAUAGAAAUGUAUGUCUCAUUUACAGAAUCAGGCUUUUUCAAAACAUGAGAACAUAAUUAAGAUUGCCAAGUCCAACUGAUAGCUAAUUCAUUUGUGAGUAGAGAAAGAAACACAAACAAGCACAGUAUUCAAAAUUUCAUCACUGUCGAAAGCAAAAUGGGAAAGUCAUAGAAUUUAGAUAUUUAGUUAGAGUUGUCGAUGUAACUCCCUCACCUUUUUUCUUUAUAUAAAACAAAAUAGAUUUGAUAAUAGAGAAGCUUUGAUUGACUUAUUAUAAGUUACAAAUAAUUUCACAGGUUCAUGGAGGAGUGAAACCACAUAUUUGUAUUUCAUAGACAUGUAGUAAAACUACAAAAAGUGCUCAGUGGGUAAAGAAUCUGCCUGUCAAAGCAAAGGCCAUGGGUUCGAGUCCACCCGGGUGGAUGACUGAAACCUGCGUUGUGUGUAAAUGUCUCUCCCCUGUUCCAUAGAUGCAGUCUGUGUUACAAUGGAAAACACCCUGUCCCUUGGAUAGGAAGUUAAAUGGAGGCCCUGUGUAGAGGAGAGACACCACCUUUGCACGUCAAGAACCCACUGUACUAUUCGUAUAAGUGAAGGGGGAACCCCAAUCAGUUAUAUCGGGAGGAGAGACCUGCGGGUCAUAGUGAUUCAGUUCGCUUUUCGCCUCCCAGGCACAGGUGACGCUAAACAAAUAAUAAUGAUAAAGGAAGUUAGAGUGUGUGACCUCAUUAGAUUCUGUACAUAAAUGCUGCCCAAUUUCUGCAUCACAUGCUUUAGUGCAUCUGACCAAAAUUUAAAAUAUCACAACCUUUAUAACAUCAAAAUUUGUUGAAAUUUUCAGUAUUAUGCUUGAUUUAUUUUUAUCUUUUUAUUCAAAUGGAAUCAAUGUUAUGUUGAGUGGACUUGGCCUUUUAAAGACUCAAUGAAGAAUUGGACAAAAAAAAACCCAAGAUGUUGCUCAUAUGUAAUCUGUUAAUUGCUGAUUUGAAAUGAAAUGCAUUUUUUUUUCCAUUCAAAUCUAAAUUGAACAAUGUUGUAUAACUCACUGUUUUCGCCCAACAUUGUUUUGAGCUGGCACUAAAGAGUUGGAUACAUUCCACAUUCCAUAGUGUGAUCAUAAUUAUAAAAAUAAUAAUGGUGGACUCCUCUACCGUGCAUACAUCUGUCAGGCAGGACGCUCAUGAUUACAAAAGAAGAAAUUUAUGUUCCUUCUCACAUUUUGGAGCAACCUUGCAUUCUUCAUUUAAAGUUUUUGAUAUGAAAUUAAGUCAAAGAUUCAUUGAGUCCAGUAUUCAAAGCAACAUUAUGUUAAGGUUUUUUUUCAUUUUAUGUGCAUACCUGCAUUGGAAAUUGUUUAAAUUUAUUUUUGUGUGUAUUGACCAUGUAGCAUGGUUGAACUUUAAACCAGCAUGCUUUUAAAGAUGGAUCAAGUUGUUUUCAAACGCACAUGGUGCCCAGAAAACACAAAAUAUUUUCAGAGCAUUCCCAAAUCCUUUUUCAGAAUAUCUAAUUUCUUUCUUCAGGUCCUUAGACUAAAAAAACUUGGUAAACACUGUUAAAAAAAGAGGAUUUUACAGGAGUAUUGUUUCUGCUCAUUAUAUUGUCAGUGGCUCCAAAGCCAACCUUUGAUAUCUUGGUGCAAUAUUAGCAAUAGCGUAAUGCACAAUGCCAUGUGGUUCAUAAGUAAUUCUAAUAUUUAUGACUUGGAUCCUGAAAUACACAUUUGAAGACAGAUAAGUUUGUGCACUUGAGAACGGCAUUUAAUGCACCACACUGUGACGUCUUUGCAACGCGCCAUCUUUUGUUCACCUGAAGUAUAACUGUGUAAAAUGUUUUUACAAACCAGGCUAGACUACAUAUACAUGUAGCACACGCACACUGACGAGUCACCCUACAUUGUAUGUGACAAAAGAAGCACAAUAAUAGCACUAUUAAUAUUAAUAACACACACAUAGAAUAUGUUCACACUUAUGAGGAAGCCAGGGCACAGCCCUUAAAAGAAAAAAAAAAUCAACAAAAUAGUAUGGUGGAGCGUCCACAUUCACACAUAGUUUUCAUAUGCAGUGUUCCUUAAUUAUCAUUCUUUCACAAUAUGGCACUUUCAUCAUUUAAAACGCACAAUAGAAUAAUUUCACACUAUUGAGGAAGUCAGGGCAAAGCUUAAUGAAAAAAUUGCAGAUUUUUGUUAGGUACCAAAUACAUGUAGUGAAAAUUGAGAGGCAUUUAGAGCGGGAUACAAUGUUCCAAAAUACCUAUUGGGACUACUUGUAAUUGAGCACCAAACAAAGUAGUGUGAUAUUGUGCAAUGUUUUGAGAGUUAAGCCCAGCGCUCACUAUGCGAUUUGUUGCGAUCCAAAUUUCGAAUAAACUGUAAUAACAUUUGAUAUGAACAUUCCAACCAAUAAAAUCUUAGCGAUCAGAGUUCAAAAUAGUGGAAGGACUUUACUGAAAUCGAAAUUCAGUCUCGUUCGAGCCUCGCUGUAGUUUGGACAUUAAACUUAUACUUUUUUUUAAUAAAUAAAAUGAAUCCCUUGGUCCUUAUGGAUAAUAGUGAAAAUUAAAAGAUUAAAACACACACGAUGACCAAACAGGAUCACAGAUCAUGUGACCCAUGCAUAAUACUUUGCGUAACCUAUUUCAUGCCUGCACAUGAAGCAUGCUCAGCGAAAAUGGCCCUGCCCAUGUUUUAGACCUGUCCAAUUUGACAAUGAUUAGGUCAUGAUGUUAAUAGUAGGCCUAUAGAUCAAACUUGGUUUGACGAGCGUAUACGUAAGUUACUUUGUCAGCUUUGUAUUUGCUCCAUCUUAAUUGGAAUUCUGCUAUAAAGGCGUUAUACGUCUUUUCAUAGUGGCUUUCCUGCAUUUCCUACUCUACAAAUACGCUGGUGUUAAUUCAACACCAGCCUGGUAUCUACAUGUAUAUCGGUAAACACCAGGGAAGUAUUGAAACAACACCGGUUUGGCGUCAGGCUAUCACCAGAUAGGCAUUAAUGCAACACCAAUAGUGUUAAAACAAUAUCGGUUUGAUUCGAAACUGGUGUUAAAUUAACACCUGCAUUCUUGCAGUGUAUUGUUUUAUCUAAAAUGAAGUGUGACAGCUGGAAAUGAAAGGACACUUGCGCGAUUCCUACGGGAAAGACACUACUCUGAUUUCUUACAAGGUUCUUAAUGCUUCUGGAAGAAAUUUCCUACACAAACAUAAAAUUAUGUACUUAAAAUUUCCUUUGGUUUGUAUCACAGGAUUAUAAGUUAAAUAUAACUGAUUAACAUAAUUUGUCUUCACAAGGAAUAAAGGUUAUAUUAAAUAAUGGAAUAUUAGUUUUAUUUGAUGUGUAACAAUGCAUGUUCAAUAUUAACUUUUCAUUUCUAGGUCACUAUUAUGCACUUUAUUUUGAAGAAAAAAAACUAUUAUAAAAGUCACUUUACAUUAUCUAUGAAUAAGUCAUCUAUUUUUUGUAAUCUUUAUUUUAUCUCAUGUUUUAGUAUUAACAGUGUAUGCUUAACAUGAAAACAACGGAUAUUGUGCCAGAAAUGUAAAAACUGUGAUUUGAUCUUUAUCAGUAUCCAAAUCACCUAAUACACGUGGAAUUAUCUGUAGUUAACAUGUAAAGCAAUCAAAUUAAAAUAGAUUGGAUGCUUUUAACAGUUACUGUAAGUGUAUUAUUUUGAGUAUAUGUUUUUUUUU